CCUAUAUAUACCGACUGUCUAUACUGACCUAAACCCCUCUCUCGCUCUCUCUGCAAAUCUCUUGCUCCCUCUCAAGCUACUUUAUUUCUGUGGGAAAGAGAUCCGAGAGCUCAAAACUCUGCCAUCAUGUUGGUCUAUCAAGAUUUGCUCUCAGGUGAUGAACUUCUCUCGGACUCUUUUCCUUACAAGGAAAUUGAGAAUGGAGCUCUCUGGGAAGUGGAAGGGAAGUGGGUCGUCAAGGGUGCGGUUGAUGUAGAUAUUGGCGCAAAUCCCUCUGCUGAAGGUGGAGAGGAGGAUGAAGGUGUUGAUGAUCAAGCUGUCAAAGUGGUGGACAUUGUUGACACUUUCAGGCUCCAGGAGCAACCUCCUUUUGACAAGAAGCAGUUUGUUGCCUACAUCAAGAAGUACAUCAAGUUGUUGUCCAACAAGCUUGAGGGCGAGAAGCAAGAUCACUUUAAGAAGACCAUUGAGGGGGCAACCAAGUUUUUGCUUUCUAAAAUCAAAGACCUCCAAUUUUUUGUGGGAGAGAGCAUGGCGGAUGACUGCACGCUGGUGUUUGCUUACUACAAGGAAGGUGCUGUUGACCCAACAUUCUUGUACUUCGCCCAUGGGUUGAAGGAAAUCAAGUGUUGAAGUGGCUGUGGUGUUUCUUGUUGUGGCCAUAGAUUUUUUAUCUUGUUGGUUUUCUCAUGAUACUAGCACUUAUGGAGACUUUGUAAUGUGUUUCUCAUUUUGGUUUUGGAUGGUGGUUUUCAUUUUGGAUCAUAAGUUAAAUUCUUCAAUAAAUUAGUUGCAGUUUUGACCUAUCA